AUUUAUUGUACAACGUAGUAUCCCCCUUUUUUUUUUUUUUAUAUAUAAAUGCAACAAGAGGACUCGCGCACAGACCUUGUCUCUCUUUGCCCUAAUAAUGGAUCACUUCCUUCUGAAGAGAGAAUUUCGAAUCUAUUAGCAAAUCGAUUUAAACAUAAUUUACCAUAUACCCAACUUGGCUUUUCUACCUUAAUUGUCGUUAACCCUUACCAACCACUUGAAUUAUUAAAUGAUGCUACUCUUAGAUCGUAUGCUGAAAUUGGAUAUAAGGAUUUAUCAGAACAGAAACCUUUAUUACAGCCUCAUAUAUAUGAUUUAGCUACAAAAGUGUAUUUUCAUAUGAGGCGUACUGGAGAAGAUCAGAGUGUGAUAUUAAGUGGUAUUACAGGUUCUGGUAAAAGUAUAAGUCGAACUCAUUUCCUUUGUGAACUCUUACAACUUUCAACACAUAAUAAAAGAGAAAAUAAAUUAAGUUCACAAAUUCAGAACAGUCUUGUUAUUAUUGAGGCAUUUGGACAUGCUCGUACUACACAAAAUGUUUCUGCAUCCAAGUUCGGCAUGUUUCAGGAAAUUCAAUUUAAUGAGCGGGGCCGUAUUCUGGGUACUAAGAUUUUAACUUAUCAAUUCGACAAGUCAAGAGUCACUCAACCUUCGCCCAAUGAGCGUACAUACCAUGUGUUUUAUUCACUUUUGGCAGGCACCACACCUGAUGAAAAGAAUGCACUCUAUAUUAACUUUAAACCCGAGUAUUUCAAUUAUAUUAGUCAGACGCCUACUCCGAAUGACGAGCUUGAUUUUGCUGAUCUCAAGAGUGCCUUAAAGAUAUGUGGAUUCAAGACUAAAACCGUUACCCAAAUAUUUCAAUUAUUGAGUGCUAUCUUGCAUCUCGGCAAUCUUCAGUUUACAGAGAAUACAAAUAUAAUGGCAGCUGCAGCACAAGAGGCAUGUGUGGUUAAGAACAGAGACAUCCUUGACAUUGUGGCUAUCAUGCUUGGUGUUGCUCCUCAAAAACUCGAAACGAGUCUCACUUACAAACUCAAGUUGAUUGGUAAGGAAGUGUGCACACUCUUCUUGAACCCUCAGGCAGCUGCUAAACAACGUGAUGAUCUUGCCUCUAUCCUUUACAAUCUUCUCUUCCUGUGGAUUGUCGAAUCUAUUAAUCGUAAAAUCUGUUAUGAUGGUGAACCCACCAACGUGAUUGGUAUCCUAGAUCAGUUUGGCUUUCAAAACUUUCAAACAAACGGCUUUCAAGAGUUUUGUGCCAAUUUAGCUAAUGAACGUAUACAUCAAUUCUUGGUUCAUGAGCAUUUUAGUGAUGAACAAGGUAUUCAUGCUAUGAUGGUCAAUGAUGGUGUACCAUUACCAGCUGUACGUAUCAUGGAUAAUGCCCCUUGUCUUGAGCUCUUAUUAGGUCGUGACAAACAACAGCUCCUUGAGGACCAUCCUACUAAAGAUCUCACAAGCUCAUCAGCCUUAGGUUUAGGUGGUAUCGUUGGACUUAUGGAUCGUGACACGGCACGUCUUCAGAUGGGUGCCACAGAUGCUACUAACGCUAAUUUCUUAGCUGCUCUUCAACGUCAGUACUCAAGUCACAGCGCCCUCUCUCGAUCAUCCCAGCCUUACUAUGCCUUUGGUAUUAAUCAUUUUUCGGGAACCGUUCAUUACACGGUCGACAUGUUCUUGGAACGUAACUUGGAUGAUCUUUCACCUGACUUUGUCAAUCUGUUGCGAGACGGUAGUUCGAACAUGUUUAUCUCAAAUCUAUUCCAGGGGACCACGGCAGUGGCCACUGAAUUUCAUCCAAAUGAUAAUCGCACGGUGAUCAAGGCCCAAGUGACAAGUAAACCAACUCGAGCACCCUCUAUGCGUAGACGUCCAACUAAGAGACGCAAACCUACUGAAAACGUCUUUGAUGAACCGAUACCUGAGGACGAUACGAUGCAGAUUAUUAAACAGGCAGAGGAGGCUUAUGAAAAUAUGCAACAGAUGACUGUCAUUGAUCAACUCUAUGUCACCUUGAGAGAUAUCAUCUUUACUAUCUCAGAUACUCGGAUCUACAAUAUCAUCCAUAUACGACCUAAUGACGUUCAGCAGCCUGAGUUCGACCAUAAUCGUGUAAAAUCCCAGAUUAAGGCAUUCUUAAUACCCGAUCUCAUCGUUCGUCAUCAAUUUGAUUAUGCUAAUCAUUACUCAUUUGAUGAAUUUGUGGAACGUUAUGAGUCCUUCUUGGCAUAUCUAGGUCAACAGCAGGAGGGAUCAAGUACCAAGGAAAUAGUAGAAGCGGCUUGUAUGACUAUGAAUUGGACUGUUGAAUCCGUCUUUAUAGGUACGGAAUAUAUUUGGUUAAGUUACGAAGUUUGGAAGGAGUUAGAAAAUGGUUUAAGAGCAACUGAAAAGGAAGAACGAGCACGCGCAAAGACGAAUAUUGAAACGCCCUCUGAAAUGGAUUAUCAAGAUGAGCGAGUAUUGAUGAAUUAUGAAAAUGAUAUGAAGCAAUCAUUUGAAGGUUCUCCUAUUUAUGAAGAUGGUGCCAGUUAUGUAUAUAGUGAGGAUAAGCGAGAUGCAAGUCAAUGGGGUGAAGAAUCGGAAUGGGGUAUUAAUGGCCUUAGUGAAGGAUUUGGCCCUAAUAUGGAUAUGAGUAAAAUGAUUGAAGAUGUUCAACCACCUAAGAUUGAAAAUAUUGAAGAAGUACCCAUUACACGUAUUCGUCGAUGGUGGGUCAGAUUUGUUUGGUUUAUGACAUGGUGGAUCCCUUCCCCUCUACUACGUUGGAUUGGCAAAAUGGACCGACCCGAUAUUCAAUUAGCUUGGCGUGAGAAAGUAACCCUUUGUAUGAUCAUUGUUCUCUUUUCGGGUGUCGUUCUCUUCUUUAUUAUUGGUUUAGGUAAAGUGAUGUGUCCAGGCACGAGCACGAUGUACUCUACUCAACAGGUACGAAACCACGAUGUUGCUGCAGAUAACUAUAUGAGUGUAAGAGGUGUUGUAUAUGACGUAACCCAAUUUGCUAAGUUGGAACAUGGUGGUAGUGGAUAUAUAGCUACUAAAGCUGAUAUGGCUGCUCUUGCAGGCUAUGAUGUUUCAUCCUCAAUUCCUCCUCCUCUUACUAUCGCUUGCUCAGGCCUUGUUUCUAGUGCAACCAUCAAGAUCAUUCCUAACACUACCGUCAACCCACAGGCGACCUUUGUGCAUUACUCUGGGGACCAACUCAUGAUUCCUUCAUUGACUAACAUGAAGGAUCCCUUCUGGUACUGGAAGACCUUUUUACCUACUAUGAAAAGUUACAAAAAGGGCACACUUGUUUGGCUCCUCAAGGACCUCCUUGCUGAUGCCAACUCAUGGAAUCGUUACGCUCUUGCUAUUAACAACAAAGUUUACGAUCUUACAGAUUAUUUCAAUACCGUCUCGAUAUUUGGAGGAACCGAUAGUGCCUCCUCUUCCUACAACUUUCUUUCCCCAACUGUCCAAGAACUCUUUAAGCGUUACAGAGGUACGGACGCAACCUCAAAAUGGCAGCUUUACAAAGAGGCAAUGACCGCUGAGGAAAUAGCGAUGAAUCUUAACUGUCUUGAUAACUACUUUUAUAUUGGUAAUGUCGAUCCUCGAGAGGAGCCUCGCUGUACAUUUAGUAACUACCUAUUGUUAUCCUUUGCCUGUGUUAUGUGUUUCACGAUGUUGAUCAAAUUCUUGGCCGCCCUUCAGUUUGGAAGUGCGCCAACACCCGAGGACCAUGAUAAGUUUGUGAUUUGUCAAGUACCAUGUUAUACUGAGGAUGAAGAGUCACUGAGACGAACGAUUGAUUCAUUAACUGUGAUGAAGUAUGAUGAUAAGCGCAAGUUAUUGUUUAUUAUUGCAGAUGGUAUGGUCAUGGGUAGUGGUAACGAUCGUCCUACGCCUCGUAUCGUGUUGGAUAUCUUGGGUUAUGAUACAAAGCAGGACCCUGAACCUCAUAUGUUCAAGUCCGUCGGUGAAGGUGCUAAACAACUUAAUUAUGGUAAAGUCUAUUCAGGUCUCUACGAAUGUGAGGGCCAUGUUGUGCCCUAUAUUGUUAUUGCUAAGGUUGGUAAAGCGUCUGAACGUGCUAAGCCUGGUAAUCGUGGUAAGCGUGACUCUCAAAUGAUCUGUAUGAACUUCUUGAAUCGUGUUCAUUUUGAUAGUGAAAUGACACCCUUGGAACUCGAGAUCUACCAUCAAAUCAAGAAUGUGAUUGGUGUGAACCCAUCAUUUUACGAAUAUAUUUUAAUGGUCGAUUCAGAUACAGAGGUCCUACCUCAUUCACUUAGCUAUCUAAUCUCCUCCAUGUUGCAUGAUAGUAGUAUUAUGGGUAUCUGUGGCGAAACAAAACUAGCUAAUGAAGAUCAAUCCUGGACUACAAUGAUUCAAGUCUAUGAAUACUAUAUCUCGCACUAUUUAGCAAAGGCAUUUGAAUCCUUAUUUGGCUCUGUUACAUGUUUACCUGGUUGUUUCUGUAUGUACCGUGUUCGUACCCCUAUCAAGAAUGAGCCCCUUAUCAUUUCACAUAAGGUCGUUCAAGACUAUGCUGAAAAUCACGUUGAUACGCUACAUAAGAAGAACUUGUUAUCACUUGGUGAAGAUCGUUACUUGACCACACUCAUGAUGAAGCACUUCCCUCAAUAUAAGAUGAAGUUUACUCCUUAUGCAACAUGUAAAACUGUAGCACCUGACAAACUACGUGUAUUACUAUCACAACGUCGUCGAUGGAUUAACUCAACUGUUCACAAUUUAUUCGAGGUUGUCAUGUUACCUGACUUGUGUGGCUUCUGUUGCUUUACAAUGCGAUUCGUUGUCUUGCUCGAUUUGAUCGGUACCCUAUCGUUGCCAGUCUCAUUUGUUUAUUUGAUCUAUUUGAUUUAUGUCAUUGCGGCACAUGCUGGUCCAUUCCCCAUCUUGGCUAUUAGUAUGCUAGCUGGUCUAUACGGGUUACAAAUUCUUAUCUUCAUUUUAAGAAGACAAUGGCAACACAUUGGUUGGAUGAUAUUCUAUAUCUGUGCCUUACCAGUCUAUGCUUUCUUUUUACCCGUUUACUCGUUUUGGCAUUUUGAUGAUUUCUCGUGGGGUAAUACGCGUAUCGUCGUUGGUGACACUCAGCGUAAGAUUAUCGUCACUGAUGAAGAAAAGUUUGAUGAAAAGAUGAUUCCUAUGAAAAAAUGGAGUGUUUACGAACAAGAAUUAUGGGAAAUGAACUCAGAAUCACAAAGUUAUGGUACACCUAGUCAAUAUAGUGGUAGCAUGAUGCAACAGUCUGGUGAUUAUGAUUAUUACAGAGAUACACGUAUUAAUGAAAAACCACGUCAACGUCGUUCAUACGCGACAUUUGCUGGUAGUGUUAUUGGACCUGGAUCCGUUGUGGCGGGUUCUGAAUAUGGAGGUUAUGGCAAUAAUAUGUAUCCUAUGACUGAAUAUAGUCGAAGUGUGAUCAUGACAACACCUCAACCUGGAUCCGUGAUUGGAUCUGAAUAUGGUGGAGGAAGAAUGGCAUCUAGUAAUAGCUUAGCUAUGCAUCCAAUGACAGAUUAUACAAAUAUACGUAAUAGCAUGAUGACAGUGAAUAGUAACAUAUCGCCACCUAUGCCAAAUACAAUGAUUCCACCUAUGGGCAUGAAUAUGUAUGCCACAAGACAACAUCAACAAUACCCUCCUUAUUCAUAAAUUAAUUCGUAUAAAUAAAGUACUGAUAGUUAUGUAAUCUCUGAUUAAAGG